UUGAAUCUACUCCGCAGAGUCGCAACUUUCCCCGUGGGGCGUAAUGUAGUACUUGCGCGCGCGCGCACUCUCUCUCUCUCUCUCUCGUGAAAAUGGUUACAUCGCAGAAAAACAGGGCCAAGAAUGGGAAGUUAAGUGGAGUGAUGAUUGGGCUCCUAGCACACGAGUGUGUCCGGUUACCGCUGUUCGCUUUCUGCCGCACAAGUGUUUGACAAAAACCCCUGGCCCAAGUGUUCCGAGGACGCUUGAAGACUGCGCCCAUUGCACCCAAUAAGUUUACGCAUCAGGUGUUGCGGUUCUGGCCCGCCUGUGCAGCAACCAUAGCAACGGAGUGGUUUGCAAAGGAUCGUACAUUCUUCGGCUUCGAAUACGAUCGUCUCGUGUGUGUGCGUGCGUGUGGUUCGCGAGAGGGAAGCAAAUAUUCGCGCUAGGUAAAAGCGCCUCGCGCUCAAGUCAUUCGCAGUUUACACACGGUCUAAGCCACACGCACGUUCGUGUACGGUCGCGCGACCAGUAAGAAAGGCACGCGUGCUCGUUUUCAUUUCUACCCCCAACAAUCGUCAACUGACGGUCUCGUGAAGUCUACGGUAGGUCCGGCCGGCGGGGCGAAUCCUCAGGAACUCAUGUGUCCUUAGGACGAUCGGGCUUUAGACAUUCGCGGUCGGAUAUCAGCACGCCGGGCCUACGUUUUGUGGUGAUACGUAGCCGUCGUCGUUCGUUCUGGCAGAGCCCAUCAAACAGUUGGCAGUGGCAGUGUCCGGUGUACGGCGCACGGACCGCGUGCUGGUGAAGGUGUUCAGUCUCACGCGAGUGUUAACACGAUCCGGCCACAAGCCGUCCAUUGUGCCCGUGUAGCUAGCUGGGAUGCUAAUUAUCAAUCCAAUCCGUCCAUAUCGCGAAUGUGUCCGCGUACUUGCAGCUAGUACAAUCAACAGUCAGGUGUCACAUACGCCGUUCUCAGCGGUUGGGACCUACGUCAACGUGUGUGUGUGUGUGUUUUUGUGUCCGGAAGUACCGCGUGUACCGUGGCGUUAUUUACUCCAACGCGUUAGGCGUGAUCCAUCGUACGGUUGGUGAUGCUCUCGAUCGUCGGUGCAUUACCGACGACCAAAGACAGUGAUUAAUUAGAAUAUAAGAAUUGGGCGUUACGCCGUGUAACGUACUUGUUGGAGACAUCAAUCAAUUAAGCAGCUAUUCCGAACAGUCAACUGCUUCAAACAGCCACCUUAUCUGCCCCGACACCGAUCAAAACUUCAAACUCACGGUGUACCGAAUGUGCCGCAAGUGUUGUGUUUGAGUGCCCAUCAUCAUCAUCAAGUCAUCAGCAAACAGUAGCGUUCAACGGUGUGCGGGAAGGUUUCUUGAGGUAUUAUGGUACCGGAGAUAGAAACAUUCGAGGACACGGUCCAGGACGAACCUGGCCGUAUCGAUCGUCGGUCGUGCUGGUCUGCCUUCUGCUGCCGGACCAAGGGUAACCGAGUAUCACAGGAAUCGGACUCACUGACGGUGAAGGUAGGAUGCGACGUGCAGGAGGAGAAGCAGCAGUCCGGCGAGACGAAUCGCAUCAAAUCGACCAAAUACACGCUGAUCAACUUCCUGCCGUUCAACCUGUUCGAGCAGUUCCGUCGCAUCGCCAACCUGUACUUCCUCUUCAUGACCGUUAUAUCGAUAGUGAUAGAUAGCCCGGUAUCGCCGAUGACGUCGCUGGUGCCGCUAGUGUUUGUGAUAGCGGUGACCGCCGCCAAGCAAGGUUACGAAAGCUUUCUGCGUUAUCGGGCCGACAAUAUGGUAAACUUUUCGCCGGUGACGGUCAUACGGGGCGGUGAAACGAUCGACAUCCGCUGUCAGGAUAUACGGCGCGGCGAUAUCGUGCUGAUGUCACGCGACUGUGACAUACCGUGCGACGUGGUACUGCUGCAGAGUUCGGACGAGCAUGGCCACUGCUACGUAACCACCGCCAACUUAGACGGUGAAACGAACCUCAAAACAAUGGCCGCCCCGAAGGGUGUUCCGAACGUGCCGCCCGAAAGACUGCACACGAUCGGACGCAUCGAGUACGAGCGGCCCCAUACCGAUCUGUACAGCUUCAAUGGCCGUAUCGAGCUGGCGGACCUGUUUGUGGCAGGUAGCGAACACAGCGUACUACCGUUGGCGGCCGAAAAUCUUCUGCUGCGUGGUAGCCGCAUACGCAACACCGAGUGGGCGAUAGGUUGUGCCGUAUAUACCGGGCAGCAGACAAAGCUAGCGCUAAACAGCCGCAUGACAACGAGCAAAAUGAGCUCCAGUGAACGGUACGUCAACAAGUAUCUGGUUUUCUUUCUGGUGCUGCUGGUCGUCAUCGUAACGGUCAGCUACUUUCUCAAGCGCUACAACGACGAGUAUCAGACCCAGCAUAACGCUUACCUCGGGGAGAUACUGUCCAACUAUCGGGUGUCCCAGUUCUUACAGGAUUACUUUUCCUUCCUGAUACUGUUCAACUAUCUGAUUCCGAUCUCGCUGUACGUUACGAUCGAGAUGGCUAAAUUUCUCGGCGGGUUCUACCUGGAAUGGGACCCGGAGCUGUACGAUGAGGAGACGGAUCAACCGUGCAUCGUAAACACGUCGGACAUUAACGAGGAGCUUGGGCAGGUGUCGUUACUGUUCUCCGACAAGACGGGAACGCUUACGAAGAAUAUCAUGAUUUUUCAGCAGUGCUCAAUAAAUGGGCGAAAGUACGAGCAGCAGGGUCGUCGGUUGCUGGAGUUUGGCCGAAGGUCUGCACUCAAAAUUAACGAACUUCCGAGCCAAGUGUACGAGUUCUUCCAAGCGUUAGCUGUUUGUCAUACGGUGCAGGUAGCUGGCGACUACACGAAAGAAACCGAUGAAGAGCAAAUCGAAAGUCCAUCAGUGAGCCCGCUAGGUAACGACAUACUCCGGGAGGAAUCGUUAAACUCGAUUGGAGACAGCACUGCGGUGCAGUCGGAACCAAACCCCGAACCGUCCCCGGCACGAAUUAACCGGCGGGUCACAAGCACCCUGCUCGAUAAUCAGCCCCGAGUAGAGGUAACGCCACCUCCCACAAGGCCUCAAAGUUUGUACGAGACGAGCUUCAUCCAUCGGCAACCCAGCUUCGGCAGCAACGGUCAUCUGCAGCUUCCCGACCUGCAGCCCGAGCUGAAGCGAACGAUAUCGGCGUACGAGGAGAAACCGGCAGCACUUCCGUUCGAUGAUAUGAAACAGUUGGGUCAUCGGCGAACCCAGUCCCACGUACCGUUCGGUGUGAAUCGUCCGAAGAGUUACCAGAACGCGGUUACCGGCGGUGUGCUAGUGUCACGACCGGUGGUGACGUUACGCCGCAACCGUGGCUCUUAUCUGUCCCGCUCGAUACGUGAGUCGUACGCAGCACCAGCCUUCAAGGAAUCGGCCCGCAUAGAGCGGCAGGAGUCGCAUCUACGACAGCGCGAGGUUGACAGCUUUAUCCGCAAGAUGGACUACCAGGCAUCGAGUCCGGAUGAAAAAGCGCUGGUGGAGGCUUGUGCUCGGAUGGGGCUGGUGUAUAUAGGGAACGAGGGUGACCAGAUGCAGAUCAAGGUGCGCCGUUCGUGUGUGCGCGUCAAUGUACGGUCACAGCACGGCGAAGUACCGGACGAGGAGUUGGUGCAGUACGAGCGGCUAGCGGUGCUAGAGUUCACCUCCGACCGGAAGCGCAUGAGCAUUAUCGUGCGUGACACGUUCGGUCAAAUUUGGCUCUACACCAAGGGUGCCGAAAGUCACGUGCUGCCACUGUGCGCUCACUCACCACUCAUCGAAACGACCCAGCGCCAUAUUGACGAGUUUGCAAAAUUGGGUCUCCGUACUCUGGCCGUUGCCAGGCGUCGGCUAACCGAGCAAGAGUUUCGCACAUUCAGCGAUGAGUUGAUUGAGGCUGGCAGCUCACUGGUUGACCGGGCGGAACUUGUCGAGGCCUGCCAGCGUCGUAUCGAGCAGAGCUUGGAGUUGCUUGGUGCGACGGCUGUCGAGGACGCGCUGCAGGAUGACGUUCAGGAUACGCUGCAAGCACUCGGGCAGGCCGGUAUCCGCGUAUGGGUACUCACCGGCGAUAAGGUGGAGACGGCACUCAACAUUGCACUGAGCUGUGGUCACAUUCCUGAUGGUUCUGCCCGUUACUUCAUCACCGACUGCCGGACGCCGGAACAGUUACAGCAGCAUCUGGACACGCUAGCGCUGGAGAUGUUCCGCCAGCGUGAUACACCCUUCUCGAUGCUGAUUGACGGUGCCAGUCUGGCGAUUGCACUGGACGCCCAUCGGGACCAGUUCCGCGACGUGAGUGAACGGUGCCGGGCAGUACUGUGCUGCCGGUUAAGCCCGCUGCAGAAGUGUGAAGUAGUGCAGCUGAUGAAAACAUCCGCCGGCACGCCAGUAACGGCUGCGAUCGGUGACGGUGCAAACGACGUGUCGAUGAUCCAGGAAGCACACGUGGGGCUAGGUAUAGUGGGGCGCGAAGGUCGUCAGGCGGCUCGCUGUGCGGAUUAUGCCUUUGCCAAGUUCUGCAUGCUCAAGAAGCUGUUGCUAGUGCACGGACAUUACUUUAGCACACGGCUUGCCGUGCUGGUACUGUACUUCUUCUACAAAAACCUCGUGUUUAUGGGCGUGCAGCUAUACUUCCAGAUACACAGUCUCUUCAGUAACCAGUCGGUGUACGAUUCGGUGUUUCUGACCCUGUACAACGUUGUUUACACGGCGAUCCCGGUGUUGGUGCUUGCCCUCACCGAGAAACCUUACCAAGAGCAGACGCUACUUAAAAAUCCCUCGCUGUACCAGAAGGUGGCAGGCAACAAGCAGUACGCAUGGAAGUACUUUAUCGGAUGGCUAGUGCUCGGCAUCUAUCACUUCUCGAUCAUCUACUUCUUCACGUACGCCGUGUGGGGCGGUAAUCCUGCUCUCUACUCGAACUGGCCAGCAACGGCUAGCUUCUCCUGUUACGGCACUGUACUCAUCCACAACGUGGUCGUGCUCGUCAACCUGAAGCUGCUGAUCGAAACGAUCUACAAGUCGUACAUCUUCAUCGCGACCGUCCUACUGUCCAUCUUUGCCUUCAUGGGGACCACCUUCGUCUAUAACCUGCUGCACAUCAACUACGACGGAUCCAUGCUGCACGUGUACAACAAUUUGCUCUCGUCGCUAACGUUCUGGGUGCUGAGCAUUGUGAUACUGAUAGCGGGCUUCCUGCCAGACCUGACGAUGCUCGCGAUACGGGCGAUGGAAAUAAAGCUCGGUCACAUCUUUCCGGGCGGUGCCAAAUAUCGGCGUGUACUGUUCCAGCGGCGCAGUGAACAGCUACAAUCGACCGACCUUUAAACCUGAGGCCUUCCAGGCGUAGCGAGACAAACAACAAGCCGCCCCCGUAACCUGAUGACUGUUUUAAGCGUAUGUUUUGUUGUUUGGCUAUCUGGAACAUGACCAGUGUUCGUGUGGGUGCCGUGGAACCCCUUACCCCGCGUAUCCUGCGGGAACAUUUGCAGACUUGAUGCCAUAGAUAUAUAUCCUGCACGUAGUUGUAAACAUAAGCACAGGGACGAGUAAUUGUUUUGUUUGCUUGCCGACAUUUUCUAGUGGAUCGGUUUACCAGUAUUGAACUGUUUUUUUUUUAUGCAGUUAUUACUCUACUAAAGUUAUUGGGCCGUUUCGUUAGACGUCGCCAUAGCCGCUAAGAUAGGCAGGAACCAUGAUAGUCGUUUUUGUUUUGGUUUGUUUUUAAAUUAUUUACAACCUUUGGAAGCUAUUUAUUUGUAAUAAGCGUUAGUGUGGUACCAUCGAAAAAUGGGACAUUAGUAACUGCAAAGCGUGUAGACGAUAAGCCAUCAAAACAGGGACCAUUCCAUUAGAGCUGGAUGUGAUGACUGUGAACUAUUGCUAUUGUGGUGUAGAUUGUAAGGAUAGCUACACUAGCAAGCCGAUACCUGAACCAAUGAAACCCAGUGUUACUAGAAACCAGCAUCAACCAAAACCAUUACACGAUAAGCAAUGUCAGGACCUGUGUGCCGUACCGUAUCUCCGUAAGGCCUAGAUGAGUGUAGUAGGAGAAAGUUCCAUUCCAAAAAAAAAAAACAAAACAAAAAAACUCUAAGAGAUGCUUUCAAAGGAAGCUAGAAGUACCAGAGGUAGACCAGGUACCAAUAACUGGUAUAGCUUAAAAUUAUGGCGCUAGAAAGCUCCUCCAGAACUCCAGAAACUCCCUUGAGUCAAUAACUUGCUGCGGCCCAGUGUUGUGUUGAGGUUAUGUUAUUAUUUUUAUAUGCUCACCCCCUUACACAUCUUAUUUCCUGGGAUCUCUUUUCAUGUGAGGUUGUUUUUUUUUUCUUCUUCCCUGUUUCUGUUCCGUUAAGGACAUUCGUUUAGCGCAAAAUAGGCGCCACCAUUUCUUCAAAAAAAAACCUUCUCGCAGAGGGAACCACACCAGACCUUCGUAGAGAACCACCGGUUGAGCUGUUUUAUUCACCUUUUCUUUUCGCCUAAUCCUCGCCCUUUCGUGCCCGUGCUUCUGCACCAUAGCAUCGGCGUUAUGGAGCCGACUUCGCAAUAACAACAGGUUUUCUGGUGAGCUUUCUGGUGCGGUUACCACCAUAAACUAUGUACAUUAAGAGGAUUUUUAUAAGAAUAUACAAGUGAGUGAUUUAUGAGCGGUGGAUUACGCGAAGUUGAUCAAGUGGGCACACCUACCAAGUCAAAAAAAAUAAACGGCCAUAAACAAACACACACACUAACACACACACACACAAACGAACAAACAGACAGUGAAACUAGAAGGAAGCAAUAAAAGAGAGAGAGAGAGAGAGAGAGAGAGAGAAGGAUAGAUUUAAAAAAAAAGGAUAAUAAAA